AUGCCCCGACGACUAAUCGAUCGCAUCGCCAACACCAACACCACGUUGGCCUGUUGGCCGGUGCUGCGUUGUCGUGUCCUGCACCACCACACCCUCCUGCACGACAACUGCAGCGCCAGCUGGACUUGGUGGAUUCGCAUCGCGGCCAGACUCGCUCCACUCACCAAAUACACCAAGCGCACGCCUAGCCUAAGCCCGGCUAGCACCGCGCAGCCCGGCCCCCAUCAUGUCAACCUUCAACGGGAGUUCCCGGACAUACAGAUCGACUACUUCCGGAAGAGCGCUGAUCGCCCGCCGCCACUGGCUUGCUUCCUCAGCCAUGUGCACACCGAUCAUCUCCAGGGCCUUGAGUCCUUUCGGGCGCCGUUUAUCUACUGUUCUCCGGCCACACGCGAGCUACUGUUGCGUCUUGAACGGUUUCCGCAUCGCAUUAAUUUCGGAUCGGGAAUUCUAGAAGCACGGGAGGUCACAUACAGGCACCUCGGAAAGCUAGUGCGUCCGAUCCCGCUCAAUACACCAACGGAGAUCGAACUUACCCCUCUCAAGCGGAUUCGGGUGACUCUUGUCGAUGCCAACCAUUGCCCUGGAAGUGUCAUGUUCCUGAUUGAAGGGGACGGCAAGGCAAUACUUUACACUGGCGAUAUCCGAGCGGAGAAUUGGUGGGUCAACAGCCUGGUCCGAAAUCCCGUCCUGAUUCCAUACACGCUGGCCGGCAAGAAGCUCGAUAAUUUGUACCUCGACACUACGCACCUGUAUAGCGACGGUGUGCCUCCCGAAACCUUUCUCUCCAAGGCCGACAGCAUUGCGGAGCUUCUCGAAAAGGUGCAGCGCUUUCCGCCGGACACCAUCUUCCACCUUUCAGCCUGGACAUUCGGGUACGAGGAAGUAUGGGUUGCCCUUGCAGCGGCGCUGAAUACAAAGGUUCAUCCUGAUCCAUACCAGCUGAGGCUCUAUCAGUCUUUCGCCGAGGCUGGCAGAGGGAUCCAUGAGUCUGCAGCUUACAAUGGCUUCGAGCUGGGCAACACAAGCAUUCCAGGCUGUCUGACCAACGAUAUCUGUGAGGCUCGAAUUCACCUCUGUGUGCCUCCCUGUAUUAUGAUCUGUCGACCGGAUACCGUCCUCAUCAAGCCAUUCCUCCAGCGCGGCCAGGAUGGGUUUGAAGCGCCGGAUAUGGGGUCUGGGGUGGGUUCGGGCGAUGCGUACACGCAACACGAAGUUGAAUUCCCGGAAGGAAUGACAGCCAUGGAUCUAGUGAAAAUCUGCCACGAGCGCAUGACCGACAACACCAAACAAGAAAAACUCACACUGGAAUGGCGGCUGGUCACCGACUUCCGGGUCCGCAACGGAAAACUUUCGCUCACCAAGUAUGGUAUCAUGCCGGAUUCGAAUUUGACUAUUGAUGAGCUCGCGGACCAGCUCAUUGCCAAUGUCCUUGAUUUUGACGACACCGUGGAGCGCGUGUGCAUGGAGAAUUUGGCCGGCAAGCCUCGGAGAAAGGUCAUUCGCUUUCCCUACGCACGGCACUCUUCGUAUUCCGAGCUCUGCCAUCUCAUCCGUGUCUUCAAACCUAAGAAUAUCCAUGCCUGCGUAGUGCACGACCGAGACCUCUCAGAGGGAAAUGACCUCGUCCACGAAUUCUUUAAUCACCUGCUCGCCGACACUCCUGGUCUCCCCAUCGGGCUUGAAACGCGCAAGCAAGCUGCUCAGAAGGCACGAGAGGUUCAAGAAGCAAAGGCAGAGCUGCGAAAAAGCUACAAAAAGGGGAGUUCUCCUCAACAUGUCAUAGAUGAUCCUGACGCCCCUACCGAGCUGAACCCCUGGCCCGGAGGCAUCCCGCCGACUUAUGAACAGCUUCGAGCCAUUAAACCGGGCUGGCUGCUUCUCGCAACGGUCGAGCAAGAUGAUUCAGUGCCUCCCGUCCAAGAACCGGACCAGUCCAGCAACUCGCUUGCAGAUGCCCGCCCGUCCACCCCUGAUACCAUCAAAGAAAAGCGGAACGAAGUUCGACGCGCACACGAAUACCUUCAGGAACAUGCUGAUCCCGAAGAGUUGCAAAUCGGACCCCUUCCUUCCACAUGUUCCACCGGGAAGGUGGAUUGUUCAGAUGACGCGGAGUCUGAGAAGCGAGGCGACAUCGAAGGAGCUGCAACUCAAGGGCCCCAGGAACCAUCGUCUCUGCACGUUCAGAUGCCGUCCGAGUCGACUUUGGGUACUCUAGACAGCCAGGUAUCACUCCCCGAGUCCGCAUUCGCUCCGUCUCCGACACCGGAGGGGUCCGAAGAGCUUACCCGCGAGCGGCUCGAAGAACUUGAUGCCCAGCAGAAGAAGGAAGGGUCUUCAUCAGGGCGCCGACGCGCCAGAGUCGCGGCAUACCUUGCCGCCAAGGAGGACAGCUACUCCGCCUGGGCGGAUAUCCCGCUCACCUCGGCGGGUGACAACCACGGCGAAGAGGAGAUCGAGCUGUGA